AUGGCGCUGAGUGGGCAAAAUGCUCCUGAGGCAGAAGCUGUAUCUGAGCCUUCUUUUAUUGCUAAAAGUGAAGAUCGUUUGUUUAAGCAUUUAUUUGAAGACUAUCAAAGAUGGGUUCGUCCAGUGGAACGCCUGAAUGACACAAUAAAAAUCAAGUUUGGCCUUGCAAUCUCUCAGCUGGUAGAUGUGGAUGAGAAAAAUCAAUUGAUGACAACAAAUGUAUGGUUGAAACAGGAAUGGAUAGAUGUAAAACUAAGGUGGAAUCCUGAAGACUAUGCUGGAAUAACAUCUAUCCGUGUCCCAUCCGAUUCUAUUUGGAUUCCAGAUAUUGUGCUGUAUGACAAUGCAGAUGGACGUUUUGAGGGAACAUCUACAAAAACAGUGGUCAAAUAUGAUGGCACCAUUGCUUGGACUCCACCAGCAAACUACAAAAGCUCUUGUACUAUUGAUGUAACGUUCUUCCCCUUUGACCUUCAAAAUUGCUCAAUGAAAUUUGGUUCCUGGACUUACGAUGGCUCACAAGUUGAUCUAAUUCUUGAAGAUUAUGACGUUGACAAAAGAGAUUUUUUUGAUAAUGGAGAAUGGGAAAUAGUGACUGCAACAGGGAGCAAAGGAAACAGGACUGAUGGAUGCUGCUGGUAUCCUUUUGUUACAUAUUCCUUUAUAAUUAGACGUUUGCCACUUUUUUACACUUUGUUUCUCAUUAUUCCUUGUAUAGGGCUUUCAUUUCUAACUGUCCUUGUCUUCUAUCUUCCUUCAAAUGAAGGUGAAAAAAUUUCACUCUGCACUUCAGUACUUGUAUCUUUGACUGUUUUUCUCCUCGUUAUUGAAGAAAUCAUUCCAUCAUCCUCUAAAGUUAUCCCGCUCAUAGGAGAGUACUUGGUGUUCACAAUGAUAUUUGUGACCUUGUCCAUCGUGAUCACUGUCUUUGCUAUCAAUAUCCACCACCGCUCCUCGUCCACGCACAACGCCAUGGCUCCCUGGGUCCGCAAGAUAUUCCUGCACAAGCUGCCCAAGCUGCUCUGCAUGAGGAGCCAUGUCGACAGGUACUUUGCUCAGAAGGAGGAGACAGCAAAUAUGAACGGGUCAGAGUCAUCCAGGAACACCUUGGAAGCAGCUCUGGACUCCAUCCGCUACAUCACAAGACAUGUCAUGAAGGAGAACGAGGUUCGCGAGGUUGUUGAAGACUGGAAAUACAUUGCUCAGGUGCUUGAUCGAAUGUUCCUAUGGGCUUUUCUUCUGGUUUCAAUAAUUGGAUCACUUGUGUUAUUUAUUCCUGUAAUUCAUAAAUGGGCAAGUAUAAUAGUACCUACCCAUAUAGGCAGUACAAAUGCAUAAAAUAUUUUUGGAGCCAUGUCCUAGUGAUUUGGCUCUAAGUUUUGCAGUAGCUCUGUUUCCAUGCAUGUUCGUUGUAGGCAUGUUUCUGAUAGAGAGAAGAAGAAUUCCUAAACUAGAAAAUUAGGUUUUUCUUAAAGUAUGGCAUUCCCAGGACACAAAGAAGUCGAUUUGCUUAUUGCCAGUCUACUGAGCUACUGCUAAGCCAGGUCAGAAUUAAAAGAACCUGCUCAAGCCAUGGCAUGUAUGAUUUAUCGAAAAAGCAUACACUGACACCUACUGUGAUAUAGAAGGAUUUCAAUUUUUUAAUGAUGAUCACUGUAGUCCAAUUAUUAAAUUACUGUAUAAAUUGUUAUACUGA